GGCGUGUGUGGCCGGCACUUUCAUGAGCAGGCGCUGCCCGCCGGCCGCGGCCUCGCUGCUGCGGGGGCUUGUCGGCCCUGCUGUUCUCUGCCUGGGCAGGAGCAUGAGUCUCUGCGGGGUGCCGGCAGCCUGCGCCGCGGGGCCUGCGGGUGCUGGUGGCAGCAGCGCAGGGUUCUCCUCAGCGCGGCUCAGCCCGCCGUGGCUGCGGUUGCCUGAGGUGCCGGGCGCGGAGCCGCACCGGGCUAACGAGUUGCUGGUGCUGCUGCCGCCGGCCCCGCGCGGCCCGGCCCCGCCACAGCAGCAUCACGUUGUCUACUUCCCGGGAGACGUGCAGAACUAUCAUGAUGUCAUGUCUUGCCACCCAGAAAACUUUCAGUGGGAGCACUGGAGUUUUGAAAACAUUGCGACCAUACUUGCUCGCCGGUUCCCUAAUAGCUUCAUUUGGGUUGUAAAAUGUUCGCGAAUGCACCUGCACAAAUUCAGUUGUUACGACAACUUCGUGGUGAGCAACAUGUUUGGAGCACCAGAGCACAGCACAGACUUGGGAGCUUUCAAGCAUCUCCAUGCAUUGCUAGUUAAUGCAUUCAGACUCUCUCAGAAUAUUCUGCUGUCCCAGAAAAGCAUGCAUGGUGUCAGCAAGGAUGCAAAAAUAGGUGCUUGUAAAUCACAGCCACAUUCUGUUCCUACAACAAAUGGUGGCUCAUCCACAGAAAGAGAGAGAGAUUGUGAAUGCUCUAAUAAUUCUGCUAUGAACUUCAUUGUACCAUCUGCUGUAGGUGCAGCAUCAUUUACUUUGAUUGGCUUCAGUAAAGGUUGUGUGGUUUUGAACCAGCUACUUUAUGAGCUGAAGGAAGCUAAAAAAGACAAGAAUACAGAUGCCUUCUUAAAAAACAUAAAAGCAAUUUACUGGUUGGAUGGUGGUCACUCGGGAGGAAGCAAUACUUGGGUUACUUACCCUGAAGUGCUGAAAGAACUUGCAGAGACAGGAGUUGAAGUUCAUGCUCAUGUUACACCAUACCAAGUGUUUGACACAAUGAGGUCAUGGAUUGGGAGAGAGCAUGAGAAAUUUGUACAGAUACUUCAAGGAUUUGGUGUGGAAGUAAAUGAUCAACUACAUUUUGCUGAUGACGCUCCCUCGUUAGAUAACCAUUUCAGGGUUCAUGAAGUAUUUUGAAAUUUUAUGUAUCUGAAUAGUAUAUUCAUUGUAAAAGCACUUUUAACAUUGUAAAUGUUUUCACCUGGAUUUGCAACUUUGUGCUGAUGCUUUCUGAAGAUAAUAUUACAUCAGUCCUGUGUUGCUGAUAGAUACUAUACAUAAAUUUCACUAGUUUAAAAGGGAGGUUAGGACCCCAUAUCUACAACAGAUGUUAUUACUUAUUCCUAGAAAAAAUGUUAUGAAGAACUAUCCUAUACGUGUUGGGUUUUUUUUGUUAAAUGCGAACAUUUAUUCUGAAGCUGUUGGCAAAAUUUUUAGUCUUGGAUAUCUAAUGUCAUAUACUGCCUUUAAUGGGAGUUUGAAGUACUCGAGACAUUCAAAUGUCAGGAUACUUCAGUUUAGUAUUAGUAGGGUUAAAAGCUUUGGUCUUUGUCAAUAACAAAUGUGAGGUUAGGUUUUUGGCUUAAGGAAAAUUAUAAUUGUUAGAGCUUGUUAGAAUCUUAGUUAUAUACUUUGGUGAAAACUUAUAAUUACUUAAUUAAAUCUUCCAGUUUUGUAACAUUUCUCCUAAUUGAAACAAAGUCACAAAUAUUUACCUUUGGAAUAAUAGUGCCAAUCCAUUUUAAUUCCUUAUGUGUGCCUUCCCUGUGUUCUAGUGAUAGCCAUGUCACCUGGAGGCUUGAAAAUUUUGACAUAGCUAUGUUAAGUGACCAAGAAUGCUGAUGAGUGUAUGGCUUAUUGCUAUUUCAACAUACCUUGCUAUUGCUUUGACUAACUUCUCAAAGGACCAGCAGUAAUACCUGUAUUUUCAUGUCAAGAGGUGUCCUUAUCCCUGCAUUGGACUGGUGAGGUUUCCCUUGCUAACUGUUGCAUUGAUGUCGAUCUAAAUCGAGCUGUAAGAACGUCACAUAUUGCAAGUUGCAUAAAAAAUUUAGACUAUGUUGACUGUAGCUGUUUCACAAUGCCUUGGGUUUUUAAACUAUUAUCUCCUUUAAAUGUACCGCAUUAGUUGCUUCUAGGGCCACACAAAAAUCUAUUUUCAGAACCUAAUUUUCAUACAGGAAAACAAACCUCUAGUUAAACACAAAGCUGGACUAAUCAGAUACAAAAGAUGCAGUCUAGUUCAGGCCCCAAACCUGCAUGUUUUUUAGAAAGAAUUACUGAAAGAUGAACAAAUAUACUAGUGGAACUUUUCUACUGUUUUUAAGUAACUUUCCAUUUAUCUACAAUUAAAUUUUAUAGUAACUCUUAAAUUAAGACAGCUGCAGCUAAUGACAGUGAACAGCUCAAAAUGGUUUUGGAUAUGCUGAAAAUAUAGGAAUACAAAAACACUGUGAAGAUUACACAAACUUUUGUGGUUCAGUUACAAAAAAAGGCAUUUUAUUCACUUUUCUCCCAUGUUUGAUGGCUUAGCAAUCUCUUCCCCUGCUUCUUGCUUCCUGUGACACACUGUGAGAGGAAAGUCCUGGGUCAUUUUUCUUCUAUUUGCAUCAUCAAAACUUACAAGGUUCACUGGAGAGAGUGUUUUCACAUCUCUUGCAGAGGUUGCACACCUCUUUGUUCUAUAUAGGAAAUAUGGGUCACCUAACAAAAUGUUUUUAAUAGGAAGCUUACAAAUAGCUUGAAAUAUCUUUAAUUAUCCACUCAUAAAAUAAGCUUAAAAAAAUAACAACAAAACUCCCGGAACACACCACCAAUCUAGCUCCCCUCUCAGUUUUAAACUGACCAGACUAACUUGGGUAUGUUAAAACUUGCCCUGUCCAGUAACAGUGCAGAUCAUAGACCAGUUUCUAAACAAUUCUGUGCCAGCCAAAACAGCAGGAGUAGGUUGGUGCAAGCUUUUGGAAUCAGCUGUUAAAAUAUUGACAUUGUCUUCAGAAGUUUCUGGAUGUCUGCCCUAUGAAAAUAUUAACCUGUUUGAUGAAGGCUGCUUACAAUAUCUGUUAAAUAAGCUCAAGUGGUGUUGUAUUAAUUGGAAGAAUAAGCACUUUGUUGUGAACCUAAUCUUGUUGUGAGAUCUCAUGUUGUGGAGGGAAAACUGACCGGUUGUUUUUCAUUCUCUAAACAGCGGUAGUACUCUGUUGGAAUGUGCCUCUGUCAUUCACUACAAAGCAUGCUAAUAAUAACUUUUGCAAACAAUGUAGAAAAUAAACUACUUCUGAUGGGUGGAACACUUUGAUGUGAAUGCAAAGCCAUUAAGGAAUGUGCAGUUAAAUUUCAUGGAUUAAGCUUUAUCAGGUGUUAUACAGACCUAGAUUAAAAAAAAAUUGGAUUUGUUAGCUUUUCUUCAAGGAAGAAAAGUGUUUGUGUGUCCAGCAUCUGUAACUCUGCAACAACUUACUGGCAUCUCUUGUACAUGGAAAAGCUGGCAUGAAAUAUCCAUCCGUGUGAGCAUUUCUGUGUUAGAAUGAAAUGAGUCAUAGUCUGUAUGUCCCUGUUUCUGAAUGUUAAUUGUAAAGGCAGUUUUUAAUAAGCUUAGAUGUAAAUACCUGAAGUUCAGUGAGUCUCAUGCAGUGAGUCAACAUACAGAGGUUUAGUUCAAGACAUUUCUGGUUCUGAACAGAAUGAGUGACAUUACAUAGUCCUUCGUACAGCCUAGUUUGUAAUAGCUGGUAUUCUUCAUACUACAUACUUGUUUCUUGUACAACAGACAGGACAUUCUUAGAUUUUGAGAAAAGCUAAAAUGUUUUAAGCUGUGCCUGUUAAAUUUCUUUAAAACAAGGUUUGAUUCUGUGAAAUUGUUCAGAUUUCUAUAUGACUUAAUUGAUUUUGUGUGCAUCUUAAAUACUAGAAAUUUUGGUAACCUUCAUAUCUAGAACUAAUUUAAUAGCAUCUGUGUAAAUGCUGCUGCAUAAAUCAGUAUUUGCCUCUAAUUCUGAAAGGUGAUGAAGGAUCCAAGUCUUAACAUAUUGCUGAAAGGACCCAUCUUUUCUGUCCUCCCAUUGGUAACAUUCUGCUGCCUCCCUUAUGUUAGCAAAAGAACUUUAUGGUGAGUUUACCAUGUUCUACCGUACUAAAUUAUUCUUGCUGAUGGAUAUAACUAGCAGGAAUGGUGUGUAUUUAAACAGACAUAGAAAUUACUUUAAAUAAGACUGCUAAGUCAGUUUGGGAGUUAGAAUGUUGUAACUGUGGA